ACUUCGAACCGACGCACCUAAUGACCCGUUUAAGGUAAUUACGGUUUACCUGUGUGAUGUUCGGCAUGCUUUUAGGGAGAACUUUUCUGUUAUUCUUUGAAUUCACUAAUCAUAAGCGUUAAGUGUGUGAGGAAGUAGUGGAGACAAUAUGAAAUGAUAGCAUUUCUGUUUCAAAAAUAUUGGAUUUAAGUCGCGGUGUAGAAAAUACCUUCGUUAUUUGAUUAACAUCAACAAAAUAUUUGACAUUUUUGUAUUAAUCAUGGCGGAUUUAUUUCUUUGUCUUUGGACGGCGUUGUUUUUGGUAAGGACGAGCUUGGCAUCUUCUGCUUACUAUGUCGACAAUGGAAUUGGUCAGACGGAAAAGGUGCAUGAAAUGAACUCACGAGAUAAACGGGAGUUGCAACACGAGAUUCUGACAUUACUGGGUUUACACCAAAGACCAAAGCCAAAAUCCAGCACUACAAAGGAUUCGGCGCCAACUUUUAUGUUGAAUCUCUAUAAUUCCAUCACUUCAGACAACGGGGUUGUGAAAGAUGACGGCAAUUUUCACAGCAGCCAUAACGUCACAAUCGGCGAUAGCGUGGUACAGCCUAUUGAGGGGACUGACGUCAUAAUAAGUUUUGUCAACAAAGCCAAAAGAGUUCCACACCUGCGCCACGAGAAGGACAGGACUUUUUUCUUUGACUUCAGUGAUGUCACCUCAAAGGAAACAGUCGUUGGGGCCGAGCUUCGACUCUACAAAGAAAAGGCCAAAAAAUGGAAAAAGAACCACGAAUUCCACAUUCAGAUGUAUAUGAUAAAACAGGGACAGGACCCUGAAGACAAAAUCCUGGAGCCAGUGACCAAUGUGACUGCAUAUGCCAAUACGGAGGGAUGGAUCACAUUCAACAUGACGCGGGCUGCUGAGCGGUGGACCAGACAACCGGAAUCCAAUCUAGGACUAUUCAUGAAAGUUCUCUUCGUCAGUAAAGGUAGAGAAAUUGACCCCAACAAACUGGGCAUAGUAAGCUACCGGGGGUCAGAGGACAAAAAGCCAUUUAUGGUGGGAUUUUUCUCCUCGCAAGAAAUGGUGUACCCCCACCGGACACAGACGGCCCUCCGAAGGCGGAGGGAGCUAUACUCUUACCGAGAGGAACACGAGAAGUACUAUGACUACCCUUUGUCUCGUCACAAGCGUGCCAGCCCGGGCCGGUGGCCUUGUCAGAGACGCUCCUUGUACGUCAAGUUUCGAGAUCUUGGGUGGCAGAGCUGGAUUAUUGCACCUGAUGGGUACCAUGCCUUCUUCUGUGAGGGAGAGUGCUCUUUUCCAAUUGGAAAUCAUGUUAAUGCCACUAAUCAUGCCAUUGUACAGACACUGGUUCACAUGUACACGCCCUAUAAAGCUCCCAGCCCAGGGUGUGCCCCAUCAAAGCUCAGCGCUCAGUCCGUGCUUUAUUUUGAUGACGAUGGGAAUGUUGUGUUAAAAAAAUUCCCCAAAAUGAUCGUUACUUCGUGUGGAUGUCACUGAAAGACCAUGGAGUUUGCAUAGUAGGACCUGUACUAUACGGUGUUAGUUAUCUCCCUUGUGUAGGGAGUUUGAGGGGUCAUGGAAUCACCCCGUCAUUGCGUCUGUCUGGUCAUUGGUUACUGUCUUUUUCUGCUUCAUAACUUUGUUCGAAAGAAAUAUUGGAAAUUUGCCAUGUAAAAAGGUUAAUUAUGAAAGUAUUGACAUUACAAAAAGCUAUUUUGGACAAAGUUUAGGUGUCAGUGAGCAAAAGUAAAUGAAAUAUCUGGCAAGGUGUGUAAAAUUGCACUACGCUGUACAGGGAUUAUAAUGAGCAUUGGUGGACAGUGAAGAUUGCUUUUGAUCACUGGGUAGACAACAUAUUAGUCCAGUUAGGGCAGUUUUAAUUGUUUUGUUGGUAUAUGAAUAUUUUGAUUUGUUUAAUUUAUUUUGCAAAAACCAAAGAAUCUCAAUUGUCUUAACCGUGGAUGCCUCAAAUUUUAAUUAGUACUGAAAUAUGCUAUUAAAGUACAGUAUAUCAUGUAAUUUUUUUGAGCUGGAAUUGUUGGGUUAUUUUUGGCGGAAGUAGAAAAUUGGUGAAAAAUGAAAGCGCAAAUAUUUUUAUUCAUAUAUAUAUAUAUAUAUAUGAUAUAUGAUACUCUUGUUAAAUGAAAAUAAGCCAAAAAAAAUAAACUGCUAACACUGCUAAGUAUUUCCAACUCUGAAAAUCACCCAAUAUACAGUACCACAUUUCCUGUCAUACACAUGUAUGUUAUGAUAACGUAAAGUCAUGCAGUCGCUGCCGGACAUUUAUACAAAGUGACUUCAGACUUGUGCCUUGAUUUAUGUAGCGACUGUUUUGAUGUUUGUCAUAUUGUCGAUUCAAUGCCAGCUGCUAUACAACAGAGUUUUUUUUCUUUUUAAAUAAUAUUUUGAAUAGCAUUUUCAAAAAUAUGAACAUACGCAACAUUAAUUCAUAAUUUUUUUAAUAUCAAAUUUUAUCUGCAAUACGUUUGUGUCUUCCUUUGUAAGAAUGAUGAUAAAUAUAGUUUAUUCGGAUCAAGGGGAUGCACCUCUUCGAGGGGGAGAGAAAUAGGGUGAGGUUAAUAUAAAGAUCCUAAUAUCGUCAAUCAGAAAUAACAAAAUGUGGUCAGUGCACACAAUUUUGUAGAUUCAUAUUUGACGACUCGGUAAUAUAGAGUAGAUUAUGAGUAGAACUAGUGACUCCUUGUGAAGCAAGAGGAAAGGAUUUUUAAGUGUGACAUUCACAUUUCUUGAGAGCAAACUAACAGGCAACCAUUGCGUUCCAUGUGUAAGCUGUGCUAUGUACUUCACAAUUUCACUGCUAUCAUGUUUACUGUAUAGCAAUUGUCUUUGUCGUUACUUUACAUAAUUGCGGUGUCCAAACUGUUAAUAUUAUGGACAAACGCUGUACUUCUGCAAAAAAUAUAUGAUUUUAAUUCUUUAUUUGGAAAAUCAUGAUUUAGUACAAGCUUUGAGUAAUUAUGCCUGUUCUUCUUAGACUACAUUGAGUUCAGAAGAAUACAUUUUCAAACAAAAUGUUCCUUUUGUUUAUUUCAUGCUUUUAACAUGCAGUGAGAUGUUGUAUAUAAAUGAUGAAUGGAUUGAAUUGUACAAGCAACAUAACUAGUUCUUGACUGGCUAAGUUUUACUAAUAAAAGUAUCACUAUAUAGUUAUUGACUGGCAAAUACAAGGACUCUGUGCUUGUGUUUCACCAAAAAAAAAAUUCUUUUUCUGUUCUAAAGGCCCAAUGUAUCCAGUUCUAGUUUGUCUUUUUUACCAAAAGAUGAAAACAAAGUUUACCAUACUUGGCUUCAAAUUUCAUAUGGAACAACCUGAGGAUGAAUUACAGUAAAAGAAAGGUUGACAGUCGACUAAGAAUAGUCUGUUACAACACAGAGUUACACAAUACAGUUAUUGUCCAGAUCAUGCAUGUAUGUUAUACAUAGACACAUAUUAACAGCAGAAUAUUUUCAAACCAAAGAAAUUCUAUGGUACCAAAUAUGUCAAUUCAGACACACUCCCUUGCAUCACAAAAACUGUAGUGUUUCGAGUUGGUAUUUCCUCUUAAUAUUAUUUUUUAUGUCUCUCUGAUGGAAUUGCUAAUUUUUUAUCUUGUUUGGGAUUUUCAUUUUGGGGUAUGAGAACACCACUAAACUACAACUUAUUAAGCGAGAAAGAGGGGGGGGGGGGGGGGGGGCUGAUUUUGAUAUUCCAUGUUUAUGUCCUCUGCAUCUGCAUGCACUCGCUCGGAUCUUUAGUACAACAUGCAGUACUAUAAGGCCUAAUCCAGCAUCACAUGAAACUUUUCAGAUUUAUAUUGUAGUUAUGAAAUGUGAUCAAUGUAUAUUUUAUUUUAUGAAUCUUAGUGUUUAUAAUAUUGUACAUUUUAAUUUACACAAAAUAUAUAUACAAAGAUGUAUAUUGUACAUUUGUUAAUUCUCUUCAAUAAAAUGUCUGAUUUCA